AUGGCGUCUAUGUUUAAACCUCCUGAGUCGACUAGGCGCAAUUCUAAGUCUCCGCGUCUGACACUGCCGUCUGCAUUGAAGUAUAACAGUUCUGAUUUUAUUCAGCCAAUGGGAACGACUUCCACACUUAGCACCCCAUGCUCAACUGCCUCUGCAAAGACUCUUACAUUAAACCAUCCUAGCCAAUCAUCAUCAUCAUCUUCUUCAUUGACAACCCUGAAAAAAAGACCUGUCCCACCACCUAUUCCCAAUCUAGCUGUUCCUCAAAAUGUCAGCGCAGGCGCCAAAACUCCAGAGACAGACAAACUUGUUGAAUCAUUGGAGAGCAUGAAGUUGAGUGAUGCAAAUUUACCGUACAGCACUAAGGAAUUCAGCAGCUCUAUUGACUCCUAUCCAUCCACAGUGGUUGCUGCUUAUGAUAGUGCGGAGAGCGAAAUUGCUUCGCCGGGCAAGACUUUACCUUCGCCCGGUUUGAUCAAAAAUGUCGACGAACUGGAGGAACAAAUGUGGCAAUCUGUUAACUUGAAAGAUGAGAUAGUAACCAUAGGUGUGAUAGGAGAAGGUGCUGGUGGAUCUGUGAGUAAAUGCAGAUUGAAAAAUAACUCAACCAUUUUCGCUCUCAAGACAAUCACAACUUUGGACUUCGAACCUAAUGCCCAGAAGCAGAUUUUCAGAGAAUUACAAUUCAACAAAAGUUGCAAAUCAGAAUACAUUGUACAAUAUUAUGGAAUGUUUACUGAUGAGAACAGCUCGUCAAUAUACAUAGCAAUGGAGUACAUGGGUGGUAAGUCAUUGGAUGCUGUUUACAAGCAUUUACUAGAACGUGGAGGGAGAAUUGGCGAAAAAGUUCUCGGUAAAAUUGCUGAGAGUGUACUCAGAGGUUUAUCAUACUUGCAUGAGCGCAAAAUUAUUCACCGCGACAUUAAACCUCAGAACAUUUUGUUGAACGAAGCGGGGCAAGUCAAGCUUUGUGACUUUGGUGUGAGUGGUGAGGCUGUUAAUUCUCUAGCGACUACUUUUACUGGAACAUCUUACUACAUGGCACCAGAGAGAAUACAAGGACAGCCAUACAGUGUAACCAGUGAUGUGUGGUCACUGGGACUAACACUACUAGAAGUGGCUCAAGGACAAUUCCCCUUUAACAGCGACAAAAUGGCUGCCAAUAUGCCUCCAAUAGAGCUGCUUAUGCUUAUACUGACUUUUACUCCGGAGCUGAAAGAUGAGCCGGAGUUGAAUAUUGUUUGGAGCAAAUCGUUCAAGUCCUUUGUAGAGUACUGUCUGAAGAAAGAAUCGCGCGAAAGGCCAUCACCACGACAAAUACUACAACACCCUUGGAUCCAAGGGCAAAUGAAGAAAAAAGUUAAUAUGCAGAAGUUUAUCAAACGAUGCUGGGAGGAAUGA